AUGGAAGUCAUAUUAAAUUUAAUCAGGAUGGAAGAAGAAAUAAAAGUUGAUAAACACGGCUUUAUUUCUCCAAGCUCUUCUCCCACAUCUGAAAACAUAACACGCGAAAAUGCCUACAACAGGUUUUAGCAGAAGAUUUUCUCUGGCAGAAAUUUCCUCGGCGAAUUUUUUAUAAUAUUUACUCACUCCCCCCUCCCUUUAAAUUGAAACAAAAAAAUUUUGUUUCAAUUUAAAGGGGGGCUAAGAAUAUUUUUUUAUAAAAAAUUUAUAUAUAAAAAUUUUUUCAGAGAUAAAAUUUUAUAGAAAAUAAAUUAUAUAAAUUUAAAGAAUUUCAUGAAAAAUUAAUUCAUAAAUUUCUCAAUCUCAAAGUGUAAAACUUGCUGAAAUGGUAUUCUUCUAACUCUCCCCAUAACAAUUGGACAAAAUAGACUUUAAUUUCUAAAUCUUAUAUGUUUGAAGCAUAUUAAAUAGGGUAUUAACGUAUUUACAUAUAAAAUAAUGAUUUUUACCUAUAAAAUUUUCUAUUAUAAUAAAAUUUUGUUUCAAUUUAAAGGGGGGGUAAUUUCCCAAAAAAGUAGGAAUUUUACCUAUAUUUUGUUUCAAUUUAAAAGGGGGGGGGGAGUCAGAGAAAGUAAUUACUUUGCCUGGAAAAUUCAAAUAGAGAUUAAUAUCCUUAGAAAAUGUCCUUGGAAAAAAUUGUUAAGCCAAAAAUGCCAGACUUGAAAAGUGGCAAGAUAUGCUAGUAAGAUGGGACUACAACAUUAAGAGAAGAUUCAAUUUCGUUAACUGCCCCACUUCAAAAUAGAGCAAAAAUAUUUCCAAUUUUUGGGCGGAAAAUUUUUUUCAACAGAAAAGUUUUAUAGGUGAAAAUACUAAAUUUUUAUAAAAUUAGUUUGAGUUAAUUCAAUGGUAAAAUGCAAAACAGAAUUAAUAUUUUGAAUUAACUCAAUUAAAAUUAAAAAUAUUGUCUCAAUUUAUAUUAUUUUAUUCUUUAAAAAUUUAUAAAAUGUUUUUUAUAGAGAACAAUUUUUUUAAAAAAAUUAGACCCUUUAAGUUGGAGCAGAAUUUUCAUAAUUUAAGGAAGGAGUAAGAAAAGAGUGCGCAAGGGGAUUCCAGACUGCCUAACUACCCCUACUUAAUAACGAAUUAACUGUAAAUUUUUUCUUAAUUAAUACUUAUUAAUAUUUUUUAACGUUUUAAAUAAAUAAUGCUUUAUAUAUUCUUUGAUUAUUUUAUAGUUUUAUCUUUUAAAAUUCAGAUAAUUAUAAAGCAUUUCGCAAAUUUAUAAAUAUUAAAUAAUUUCUAAGAAUUUUAUAAGGUAUAAUAACGAAGAAAAAACUAUCUACUAUUAAAUGGAGUAGUAAGAGGCAAAGUGUGGGCUGAAUUUGCAGAAAUUGAGCAAUUAAAAUCAAACUACCCUGAAAACUACUAUUCAAAUCUGACCAAUUUUGAGAGCGAUAAUGUGUCUAUAAGAGAUAUAAUGCUUGAUAUUCAUCGGACAUUCCCGAACCAUAUUUUAUUCAGGGACGAUGGGCCAGGUCAGCAGGCUCUUUUCAGAGUUUUGAAAGCUUAUGCUUUGCAUGAUACAGAACUCGGAUACUGCCAAGGCAUGGGCUUUCUGAUUGCAAUGCUACUAAUAUAUAUGAGCGAAGAAAACGCAUUUUGGACGCUCGUAGCAGUCAUGAAUAAGUAUGAGCUGAGAGGAUUUUAUCUUCCUAAUAUGCCUGGGAUUUAUAAAGCUCUUUACAAAAUUAACAGUUUAUUUAGCCAUUAUAUUCCACAUCUUUGAAAACACCUGCAGAGCCUCCAUUUCUUGCCUUCGGUUUUUGCACCGUCAUGAAUAAUGACCCUUUAUAUAAGUGUCUUUAAGACAGAUAUCUCAUUGAGGAUUUUAGAUAUUUUCUUUUGUGAAGGCACGAAAAUCAUUUAUAGAGUUUUUAUUAAUAUUCUUUAUUAUAUCAAAUUAUUUGCAUUUAUAGAUAAUUAGUGGCUUAUUUUAAAUGAAGAAUUGGGUGUGUAUUAAUAUUUUGUUGAGAAUUAUGAAAAAAAAAGAAAUAUUUUUUAAAAACGCUAAAGAUGAGUUGAUAGGGACGAAUAUCGACGAAAUUUUGGAAAAACUUAAAAUAUUGCCUGAAGCCUACACACCAGAUGAAAUGAUAAAAAGCACUUUUAAAAUUUCUCUGGGACGCAAAAGGUUGAAGGAUUUGGAAAAGGAAUACGAAACAAACCCAGAUCCUGAGUUUAAAAAUUGGUGAAUAAUCACUUAA